GACGCGACGAAUAUCGUGAACGCGUAUACGGGUCACCGGGCCGGUACUCGGUCACGGGCCUCAGCGUCUCCACGUCAGAGACUCUCACUAACUCUUUCUUCGACUAUAUCAUAUCUUCCUGAAGCAUUAUCGAAGUCUGCCGUACGCUCAUUUGAAAAUAAUCCUUGGUUUCUACUUCUCCUAAAUUCCAUACACUCUUCUCACAACUCCGUACUGAGCAAAUGGGUACAACACAAUCUUAUUUAUCCCCUGAGGCGCUUGUUACGGCCGCUGUUGUUGCUGGUGCAGUAGGUUUUGGUUACAAACAAGUAACCUCUUCUGAACCUGCCAACGGCUCUACAUCUCCUAAAACAGUCGGAGGAGGAGGAGGGAAGAAAGGCAAAGGAAAGAAGAAACCGAAUACUACCUCCGGUACUUCAACACCAAUAACGGAAGGUAUUAAAACACCCGAGAAUAUCUCCAUCUUGCCUUUCCCUGCAGUUGUUCCGGGACAAUUUGAUGAUGGAGCUCCAGAUAGCUCUGCAGGUAGUGGAGCAGAGGGAAAACCCAAAGCCAAAAAAGGAAAGAAGAAGAAAGCCGGAAAGGCAGCGGAUGCUCAGGCCAAGAGCUCGGCUGCUCCGGACACAGCUGUGGAGGAAUCAGUAGUAUCACCUGCCGCUGCCGCGGCUUUGGCAGACUCGAAUAGCAGCCAUGUCACUAAUUCCAGCACAAAACUUUCUACCAAGUCAAAGAAGAAGAAACAGCAGGCUCCCUCGCAGGUUAAACCUUCCGCAUCAUUUUCCAGUACGUCUACUCGAGAUGUACCUACUCCUUCAAAGGCGAACACUGCUCAACAACUUCAAGAAUCUACAGCCUCUCUAGCUUCACUAGCAACUGAUACCGAUGGAGAAUGGACACGAGUCACUCAUCGAGCGGACAAGAUUCACACGUCUUCCAUAGCCGGAGGCACGAGUGACGUCGGUCAAGCGACUAGUAUUACUACAGGAUCUUCGUCUCCAGUAGACACUCGAACUGAAGAGGAGGAGGAUGGAGAAGAUGAGGAAGAGGAUGUCCUCGGUGGGUCUAGCGAACGACAUCCUCUUGCCAAACGACUUCUUCCAAAACCGAGGAAAACCGGUGUCGAAGACAUGCUCGCCAGAUCAGACUAUCCGUCGUACUCCCGCGUUAUGCGGGUACAACCCGGUGACAAACCCGCGGCAGGCUUUUCUUGGGGUGAUUAUGAGGAUGUUGUUGGUGGUGAUGGACCAAGUGGUGAACCGGACGCGGAUGGUGCCGAGGCAGAUAGGGAAGAUGAUGGUUGGGGUGUGGUGAAGCGCGGAGGACGUCCCAAAAAUAAGGUCUCUACCUCCUUUGAACAGACCGUUCCAACAAGCAGAACUGCGACUGCACCGGAGACGAUGAACAAACGUCAACGGCAAAAUGCUGCUAGACGUGAAGCAGAGAAAUCUGCCAAGGCGGACUCAGAGCGAGAGCGAAUCGCAGCGCUUGCUAGGCACCAACGUGAACUGGACAGUGCCAGAAUGGAGGCUCAGUAUGGGAAAAGCGGAGGAAAGAAAACCACUAGCGGAGGAAUGAAAGCUGUGAUUGACGAAAAGGGAAAGUUAGUUUGGGACUGAUUUACUACGCCUUCCUUUCACCCGGGACUUUUCUAUGAAAUGUUGCACAGAUUUUAAAGUAUGCAUAAAGGAUAUAUACAUUGUUAAUUUUCUUCUGGAAUUAGACUGAUAGGUGCAUAACUAUACGUACCCCUUGAAGUCAGUGCAACCAUUAUGAUGGCCUCGAUAUUCCCGUGUUGGCAUAGUUAAAAUCGCGCUCAAUUCGUGGGU